AUGCGUUGUAUUCUCUCAUUUGUUGUUUUGUACUGUACGAUCUUGACAGCACUUGCUGUCCCAAUAUCCCCCCCACCAGUACCAGAUCUUAAACAAACCGACCCAACCGAGGGCUACGCAUAUAUCAAUGAUAUUCAUCUUGCACCAGAAGACUCAACUGGUGCCAGGCUACUCUCCGGCUCAUCGAGCCCAGGGGCUGUCUAUCGCCAUGGGGAUUGUAACGUCCAGGGUGGCGAGGACAAUAUUUUCGCUGUCACCAUCACAGUCUGGGACGCCCUUGCCAUUGAGUUCACAGCGUCUUCCGGGUGUGUGGCGAGUAACUGUGAUGACACCUCGGCCCACAUCUCAAGCAAUGUCAACGCCACCGAUGUCCCCACAGGCCACUGA